CGCCAUUUCUUUCUUAAUCUUGUGACUUACCGUCACAUACCAUUCUGACAGCCAUGUCAUCAAGCUCCAGAACAGCAAUCGUCAACGACGACGAUACAUUCCGGCCUUUGCCGGCGAUGAUCUCCGGCGACUCAUCAGCGUCCAAUAACUCAAUGACUCAGGCCUUCGCUUUCUCUUCCGGAAACCCUAGAAUCGAAGAGACACGUGGCGUUAUGCAUCUCUUCAACAACAACGUCGACGAUGGCGGCGGUGUCGUUUCAGCUUCCUCUUCCAAUCACAAUCUACCUGUGGGAAGGAAACCUCUUGUAUGUGUGCUUGGAGUGCCAAACCACAUGACUUAUGCAGAUUUUUGUCAGUUUUGUGCUUCAUUUAUUCAAAAUAUAUUGGAGAUGCGCAUUGUUAGGAAUGAUGGGGUCGAGGAUCGAUACAGUAUUUUGAUAAGAUUUGAUAGCCAAGACUCUGCAGAUAAAUUCUAUCAGCAUUUCAAUGGUAGACAAUUUAAUUCUCUGGAGGCAGAGGUUUGCCAUGUGCUUUUUACAGUUGACGUACAAUUUACUGGUUACAGUGGUUCUCUUGAUACACAGCCCGCUCCUGCUAGCUCAACAGAGCAGCCUUCAUGUCCAGUUUGUCUUGAGAGGUUAGACCAAGACACAAGUGGAAUUCUUACAACUAUCUGCAAUCAUUCUUUCCAUUGCUCUUGUAUUUCAAGAUGGACAGAUUCUUCUUGUCCUGUUUGCCGAUAUUGCCAGCAGCAGCCUGAAAAAUCAAUAUGUUUUGUUUGUCAAACCUCUGAGAACCUCUGGAUGUGUGUUAUAUGCGGUUUUGUAGGCUGUGGGAGGUAUAAAGAAGGGCAUGCUAUAAUUCACUGGAAGGAAACAGAACACUGCUAUUCUCUUGAAUUGGAAACACAGCGUGUUUGGGAUUAUGCUGGCGACAAUUAUGUUCACAGACUAAUUCAAUCGAAAACUGAUGGAAAGCUAGUUGAGUUGAAUUCCCAUUGUUUGCAUACUAAAGAUAAUUUUGGAAGCUGUGAUUGUGAUUCUGGAGCUAGUGAGGCUCUUUUAAACAGCAAAGUUGAAGCGAUUGUUAACGAGUAUAAUGAACUCCUGGCCACCCAGCUUGAGAACCAAAAAUUAUAUUAUGAGAGCUUGCUACAAGAAUUCAAAGAAGAAAUUGAAAAAAGUACUUCUGAAGCUGUUAAUAAGGCUAUCUCUAAAAAACUGCAGAAGAUACAAUCCAAGUUGGAUAGAUGUAUCAAAGAGAAGAAAUUGCUUGAUGCUCUCAAUGAGAAUCUUUUGAAAAAUCGAGAGAUAUGGAAAGCAAAGAUAGUGGAAGUUGAAGAGAGGGAAAAGAAGGCUUUGAGAGUGAAGGAUGAUAGAGUACGGGAGUUGGAAGAGCAGCUUGCGCAAUUGAUGGCAGAUCUUGAAGCAGAGAAGACGCUGGAGCAAUUAUCAAUAUCAAAUGAAAUUAAGGAUGGUACUGCCUUGCCAAUAUCAGUUGACUCUUCUACGAGUAAUGGUGCCAAGGUAGGAAAGGGAAAAAAGUCAGAAAGCGAGCGAAGAGGUUGAAGAUAGAGUGAAGAUAGAGGAUGGACGGUCAUUUGUGCUUGGAAGGCGCUGUCCAGGUUUUGGGCAUCCAGUGUUCAGCAUAGCUUUUAUCCUUUUCUCUGAUUUGCCAAUUCUGGGGGUCGAUAUAGAAAGCUUUUAUGAUGCCCCUGCCCAUGGAAAUUGAGAUUAUCCAUUUUCACCAGCCAUAUAUGGUUUGUUCUUGGAGCAAAACAAAAAACUUCAAAUGGCUUCACAUUUUGAGAUUUAUUCCUCGCAAAAGUACUUUAAAGAUUUGUUCUGAUGAUAAAGUUCGCUUCCAGCUUUGUGGAUACGAUGGAUAUAUGUUGAGCAUGCGUCAAGAACAAACCAUGGAGGCUUGCCGAAGCAAACAUUGUCAAUACAUACGGGUUAAUGCAUGACAGAAUGCGGACUCAGUUUUCUGACCAAGCAUAGUUGGUUAAUUACAGAACUUCUGUGAUCGGUUUUUCUUUUUUCUGUGUUUAGGUCACAUUUUUUUGUGAUGUGUACAAAAGUAACUGAUACUGUACAGAAAUUGGGGGAUUUCAAUUUUGUGUCCAUAUUGUGUUCUUACAAAUAUUUAAAUGACAUAAAGAUUGCUGAGUUUAUGUUGAA